CGAUGAUCGAACACAGAGAGUCGUCUAACGUCCUCAACUCGGAGAGACCAGGUUUCACAAGCAUAGAGCAAAACUGCUCUCACCGACGCGUUGUAGAUCCGACGUUUUACAACCAGACUAACAUCACGAAGGCGCCAAAGAUGGUCCAGAUUGGCAUAAACCGCUCUGGCUUUCACUAUACAUGCAUUGAUCUCAUCACUCACGCCACCACCAGCACUCAUAUAACUACCCAGAUACACGAACUUCUCGACUAUUUCUAUCUGCUCCGUUGUUGAAAGUUAGGAUUGAUGGAAUUUCAAUUUAGGAAAAUUUGUCACAAAUUUCUAACAUGAAUAGAUACUAAUAUAAUUAUAGAAAUAUUCUUUUCAUUUAUAUUGUUGCCAUUCAUAAUUCAUAUAAUGAAAUCGAUCAAAAAUAAAAUUACAAAACUAUCAAGGAUAUUCUAUAAAGCUAUGAAUCAUAGAAAAGAUCGAGAACUAGGUGAAAUUUCUUUGAAUGUAAUGAAUAAUUAUUGGAACUCAGUGAGAAAUACACAAGUUUCCUAUACCUCUUUUAACAAUAAUUUAUAAAUGACUUAUAAAUAGACAUACAUAUAUAUAUAUAUAUAUCAGACGAAAAAAUUCGCUAAAAAUUUCCUUCAGACACACUAGUCAUUUAUUUGGUUUUGGCAAUAUACAAUUUUAACUAAGUCCCAUCCCCAUAUGUUAAGGGGUUAGAACAAACACUGAUUAUAGACGAGGUAGCGUGAAAAAUUAGAAAAACGUUCGCCAGUACUCGAGGCUGAUUUUUUUCAUUGAGACUUUGUGUUACUGAAAUACUUUGUUUUGUCCUAAUUUUUCAUUGGCUAAGGUACCCCAAUGGUUGUUGAGAGAACCAUAUAGAGACACGUAGCGGUUGGUGUGUCUAGUUAUGUGUGUAUAUUUACGACAAAUAAGCCUUGACAGAGAAAGAGAGAGAAAGGAGGGACCACGUACAAUGAAUUUAGCCUGAUCCAAGAUGGCUCUCUCAUUUUAUUUGUCUCUCAUUCACUAGUUGUUUUCAUGUCUGUAACAAACAUGCCCGAAAAUUAAACAACAGGCUCCGCGGCCUAAGUGCGGUCAUAAGCUCAGGUUAGUAAAGCAAGAGACCACGCUCUAUGAUUGGUUAAAAUUAACUAACUUAGCAUAAACCAAUCAGAAUGAUAAACUCCGACCUGCAGUUCGAUUUACCGACCUUGGUUUUUCUUUCGUCCUUUGUAAACUAGCUGUCACUAAAACAUAAAGAGGGUAGAGAAUAGAAGGAGAAUUAUUUGGACCCCUCAUUUAAUUUUAGGGCGUGAACAAUUUUAUUUUCCCAUUUACAGAGAAAACUAAUCUGCCUUAUCGCCCCGCGUGGGUGAUACAUGAUAACACUAAUGAAAUGUUCGAUUUUUUAAACCGGUUAGAUACCCUCACAUGAAACCAAUGAUUGUAGACUUUCUAUGCUUGGAUUUAACUGUUAUUAUUUUUAAACAAUAUUUCAAAUAUCCUGUAACUCGGAUUACAAAUUAGCAUUUGGAGUUUCACUAAAAAUACAUACAACUAUAUUUGUGGAUAUUAUAAAUCUAAAUCACAAUCAUGCUUCAUCGACCUACUCUCAUGCCUGCAUCAAUGAAAUCAUCUUCAAAAUUCAAAUUAUCUACUAAUUCAAAACAUUCAUCUCAAUCAAGUAAAAUAGAAAGUCCAGAAUUGAUUCAACUACUUAACUGUGGUGAUGAUGAUGAUGAAAUAGUUAUUGUAGAACCUACAGAUCCAGAUGAAGAUCGUAUGAAACAGGAAGAUACAACAUUUGCUGAUGUAUCAAACAAAGAACAAGAAGAUUAUGCGGAGGAAGAUUACAAUGGGAAUGAUGGAGAUAUGAAUUCAGAUGACUCUCAUAUGAAAGGUGAAUCUCACAUCCCAGUGUCAAAUAUUAAAGUGGAUGAAGCCACUGGAAAUGCAACUCCAGUGACCGUAACCACAGAUUCGGUUAAACCUAUUGGAAUUUUACCUCUGAAUGAUGUGAUUCACAAUUUACUCACAUGUACACCACAUGUUGCUCCCACCAUACAAAAUGUUGCACUUCAACCUAUACUGUCGGGUAAAAUGAAUGGAUCGGGAAGUGUGCAAAUGCCGAAUGUUGUUUCCAAUGCAUUGCCUACAUUGUGGCUUCAUUCUCCUGUUGUGAAUUCAACGGAAAUGAUGAGUAUGCCUAAUGUGAAUAGUGUGACAGAUUUGGCGAGUAAUAUUGUACAGAAUAGUGGGACUGCACUGAAUCCACUUGUUGCUGCUGUGCUUGUGAAUUGUGCCACAGUGAACAUGAUAAGUCAGCUAGCUGGAUCUAUGUGUACUCCGCUGGUGAACAGCAGUAUGAUCGAUGGUAAUGUUAAUGGUAGUAAUGUGAACAACAAUAGUGAGCACACUAGUAGUGCUUGUAGUGUUAGUAGUGGUAGUGUUGGUGUUAGUAGUGGUAGCAGUGGAGUCAACACAGUAACAAUCCCUACAGCGUCAUUACUUCCCAAUUUGUUAUCUGCCAUUCCGUUGUCUACGUAUAUUUCGGGAUUAGGACUGAAUACAACUGGAGGUAUAAUUACUUCACCAAAUAGUUUGUGUAAUGUUGGUGUUACUAGUACAGCUGUCUCGUCUGCUGCAACCCUUAAUAAUAAUAAUAUUGGUGGUAUGAUUGUGACACCAUCGAAUGUUGAGAAUAUUACAGUUUCUUUAUCAUCUGACCGAAGUUCUAGUCAAGCUGAAUACUUACAUGUUUCUGACGAUAAAAGCACUCAGCGUCCUGCUGGGCGUGUAAAACGUUUCAAAUGUCCUAUGGUUAAUUGUCAAAUGUCAUUUCACAGUAGAUUUAAUCAAAUGGAACAUAUACGUACACAUACCGGUGAGCGUCCAUUCACCUGUCCAGAACCUCAUUGUACUUCAACAUUUAAACGUAGACGUGAUCUUCGUGAUCAUUGGAGUAUGCAUCUCUUAGAUUGCCCACCAUCAGCUACAUUGACUGAAGAAGAAUUCAAUAAAGCAUUGAAAGAAGCUGAUGAAAAAUAUAACGCAAUGUAUAAUUGGGAAACGUUCAAUGUAAACGCUUCAGUUAACAAAGAUAAUAUUACUGGUAGUAGUAAUAAUAAUAGUAAUGACAACAAUAAUGAUGUAAAUACUGUAAAGUCCGAAUCAUCUCAGUCAUCCGUGGUAAUUCCUGACCCCAGAGCACUGUUUAACAUUAAGUCUGUUAGUGAAUUGGGUAGAUAUCAUUGUACAUAUCCUGGAUGUGAUAAAUCGUAUGCUAGACGGCAUCGCUUGAACCAACAUAUAUCAACACAUACUGGCACUGGUCCGAUACCGUGUGAUGCACCGAAUUGUAAUGUCAGGUACUUUUCAGAAGAGGAUUUAAAGAGGCACAAAUUAUCUCAUCUUUAUGCGGCUGAUAAGGAUUCACGGCGUCGACAUGCUUGUACAUAUGCUGGAUGCGGUAAAGCCUAUUCAAAGCUAAACAAACUCAAAGAGCAUUUACGAUCACAUACAGGUGAAAGGCCCUACGUCUGUCGUGAACCUGGUUGCGGUGCUGCAUUCAUCCGACUAUACGGUGUUAAACGUCAUGAAUUAACACACGUAUUCGGCCGUAAACGUGCUGAAAGACUGUCUCAAAUCCCUAACACUAAUAGUAUGACUGGGACUAGUUUUGAUAUUUCUGACCCAAGGUUGGAUAUUCAGAACAAUCCAGAAAUAACUACUAGUUCACCAUAUAUCUUACCAAAGCCGGAACCAUUGGAAACAAGAAAUGAGAUAUCGAUAGCACCAGCUGUUAUGAAAAAUCGUCCUCUCCCAGCUAUUGCACCAAAAUCGAGUGUAUCUCUUCCGAUGCGUCCGAUUUCUCCUAUAAGUGGGAAUCCAGGAAUGAGACGACCACAUAUCUGUCCAUUUAAAGAAUGCGGUAAAGCAUUCCCAAAACUGAAUAAACUGCGUGAACAUAUAUGUCGACAUACAGGUGAACGACCAUUUGUGUGUGAUCAGUGUAAAGCUUCAUUUGUCCGUAUGUAUGAUUUACGUCGUCACAGCAAUAUCCACAUUCGUGGUGCACAACCAAGGAGUUUGUCACGUUUUCUCACAACUCCACAACAAACAAAUGAAACACUUGAAUCUAUUGUCACAAACAGUCAAAUUUCUGUCAGUACUGCUCCCAAUACUGCUACUAUUACUACUACUCACACCACUUAUACUACUACUAAUACUACUAACAUUAAUACUAUUCCCAUUGUUACUACGACAGUUUCUGCAAACGGUCUUAUUUCAGAUACUACAAAUUCCACCAUCUCUACUGUUCCUGUUUCGAUCAGUAUUCUUAAAGUUGGAGAAGAGUCAGAACUAAUCAAAAUGGAAGAAUUUAUUGAACAAUCAACAAGUCUACAACCAUGUGAUACUGAUGAUCAGGUAACAGAUUGUAUUGAUAAAUAAUGUCACUCACCUUGGAUCAUUUGAUUUUGACGAUUAUUUAAUAUAAAUGGAAUGAUCGAUAACAUUUUUGUACAAAAAAUUAUCCACUGUUAGUUGUCGCUGACGAUGCAGUAAUAAUGAUUGUAGUUGAUUCAUUAAUUUGUACUGCUUUUUUUUUCUACAAAUGCCAUUCAUUCAUUAACCAACCAACUAUUUGUAUGUUCACCAGUUAUUAGUAUUAUCAUUUUUUUUGGUAUUUCAUGUGACCUUGUAAUUUCAUUGACUUGUUUUUCAUUUGAUUUUAUCGAUAAAUUAAUGUCUGAUUUUAAUUUCUUGCCUAUCAUAAAGUAUUGAUUAUUUCUUGAUUCAUUUUUGACAGUCAUAACUGGUUUCUUACUGAUAUAUAUGCAUUACGAUGUCAUUAUUUCUUGAUAUCGUUUGGAAUAUUUCACAAUGUGAGAAUCCAACCAUUAUUUUCAUUCAAUUUGUAGGUUGUAUUCUUUUUAGAUAUAUCUUAAUUGGCGUACCAUUGGAAACGAAGGAGUACUGGAUAACAGUUUCAUUUUAGUAUGGGACACCUCGACAAAACCCAUCUACGACCUCAUUAGAUAUAGGAGGCGUAACCUUCAAAUCUUGUGAUUACUAAAUAAAGUAUUUACAUCGGAAGAACGAAGAGGAAAGCUACCAUAUCGAAGCACAUCCCACAACAGUUGAAAUUUCAAAAUCGUCCAAAAUAAUCAAUACUCAACCCACCUCGAAUUUAUCAGUGGUU